AUGGCUUCUUCGUCAUUGGGCGUCUUGGAUGGAAACGGCACAGAGUAUUACGAAGACCCUUCUUUUUCCCUGUUCAACAUUCCUGUCUUGGUGCCGGUGACGGUAAUCUGCAUCCUUUUGUUUUUCUUGGGCGUCGCCGGGAAUGUGACCAUUAUACUGAUUUUCACGCGGUACAAGGAGAUGAGGACGACGGUCAACAUGUAUCUGUCCAGCAUGGCCUUGUCGGACAGUUUGAUCUUUGUCGGCUUGCCCUCCGACCUGUACAGGGUUUGGAAAUACAGGCCGUACAUCUUCGGCAACUUCCUCUGCAAGUUUAACAUCUACCUCAGCGAGACCUGCACCUACUGCACAAUCCUGCACAUCACCACGUUGAGCGUCGAGAGGUACUUUGCCAUCUGCUUCCCUCUGAAAGCCAAAGCCACCGUCACCAAAAGGCGGGUCAAGGGCCUCAUCUUCCUCAUCUGGUUGUGUUCCUCUGUGACCGCCAUUCCAAUCUGGUUCCUCUUCGGCGUGGAGCACCGCAACGGAAGCCUGCCGGAGGAAACGAAUGAGUGCACAUGCAUCGAGCAAGCAGCCCGCUCGGGGCUUCUCGAAACCAUGACCUGGCUUUCCACUCUUUAUUUUUUCCUCCCCGUGUUUUGCAUGGUGCUCCUCUAUGGGCUGAUAUGCAGAAAGCUUUGGAGAACAGCUCAUAGCCUGGAAGGGCACCAGGUCGCCACCAGAGAGAAGUACCACCAACAAACCAUCAAAAUGUUAGUGGUGGUCGUGGUGGCCUUUGUGCUGUGCUGGCUGCCGUUACACGUCGGCCGGAUCCUGUUUGCCCAAGGCAGCCUGGUCCUCUACGAGCUGACUCAGUACUUCAACCUCAUCUCCAUGCUGCUCUUUUACCUGGGUGCCUCAGUCAAUCCCAUCCUGUAUAACGUCAUGUCGGAACGAUACCGGAAAGCCGUGUGCAGGUUUCUGAGAUACAGCCGGACCUGGCAAUCCCAACACUUCCACAGGAGUGACAAGUUUUCCAGGGAUGGUGUGGAAUCGAGUUCGUUCACCGCAAAGCAUUUUUAAGGGUGAUAGG